CAGAGAUUGAAGUCGACCAUGGAAAACACUCAGAGCAGAGAGAAGAGAGAAAUUGCAGAAGAAGAAGAAGGCGACAACGAUGAAGAAGCGAAGACGAAGAAGACGACGAUGACGCCAUGGGAGCAGCACUCGGCCGUCAUCAGCAUCCCGCGCUUCGACUACAACGCCCCCUCUUCCCUCCUUCGGCGCUCCCACUCCGGCUUCCUCAUCACCUGCACCAUCAAGAGGGAGAAGAGCGCCACCAAGGAAGCCAUGUGCCUCCUUGAAAAGUUUUGCGGGGCAUUUGCUGCUAGGGAGAGUACUAAGUUGGAGUUGGCUGAUGCAAAAUUGACUGCUAAGAGAAGGAAAGUAUGUCCUGAGGAAUCAGAUCAGGAAGGUGCCAAUGGUGACGAGAGUGGGCAGAUAACUGAUCAGUGUUGUAAAGAGGAUGGUAAGCUUUCAGAAGAUGUGUCUUCUCAAACAAAGGAAGACAUCAGUGCAAAUAAAUCUUCAGCUCUUUCAUUAGUCAAGUUGACAGGGAGUGGUUUGCUCCUCUUUACGUUCCCCCAUGAGGAUUCAGCCGACACCAUUCAAAUUGUGUCUGAUAUUAUUGAUUCCCUGGGAUCUGCAGAUUCGAGUUCCCCAGAGUGGUGUCAUCGAAUUUUUCCUAUCCAAGCUACAUGCAGUUUGAAUGAGCCAGACCUAAGGACUGUUGUUCAAAAGCUUGUUCUUAAGUUUGUGAAGGAUAAGCAAAGUACACUUGCAUCACCAAUAAAGUUUGCAGUUGGAUAUAAUAGAAGAGGUCUUGAAGAGAUGGAGCUGAAGAAUUCAAAAGAUAAACCUGAUGGUUCUGAUCUAUUACCUUUGUUGGACCGCCGCAAAUGCUUUGAAGUCGUAGCUGCAGCAGUUAAGGAUGCUAUAUCAGAUUCAGUUGUAGAUCUUAAAAACCCUGAGAUUUCUGUUCUGGUGGAGCUCCUACCCCUUGCAGCCAUUCCAAGUGGGUCACUGGUGGCCGCUGUAUCAGUGCUUCCCAAAAUGGUCACUACAAAGCCACGGCUGUGUGUCAAGGCGUUGGCUCCUCAGGCUAAGUCAAAGAAUAAGUAAGUUGGUGGACUAUAGCAGCCACUCACAGCUGUGAAAUCUUCAAAUGGAAGAUGCUCGUGAUUCUGGCCUUGGAUUCCAAAGAACCAUGAAAAGAUGAAACAAACGGAAUCCAACUGCCAUCCAUUUGUAUUAGUCGGCUUUCAGCAGACACAACAGGUUAAUAUAGUCACGUCAAUGAAAAGUUCCAGUCUCCAUGCAAGUUGACAUCUUGAACUGUUUCUAACUAAAGGUCGGCCUUUUUUUUUUCCCGGAAAAAAAACAAUCCUUGAUCCUUUAGAACAUGUUGGGAUUGGGGGUGAAAUAUUGAUAUUUUCUGUUCUAUCUUUCCUGUGUCUUUGUGCUCUCAUAUUUGACCGAGACUACUAUACUGUUUUUUCCCUUUCUCCUCUAGAGUUGAAAUAUAUCUCCCCGUUAACAACUUGCGAAAUGCAGUAUUGGCAUCGGUAAUGUAAAUCAACUAUGAUUUUGUAAUUAUUCUUUCAAAAUUUUCCCUGAA